UUCUGCCAAAAAUAAUAGAUUUCUUUAAUCUUUAAUUCGAAACAAUACUAGACAAGAAUUUCCUUGAAACUGCAUUCUCAUAUUAUAUUAGUUUCAUUUCAUUGAUUGGAAGAAAGAAAAACCUAGAGAAAUCAUUGAACUGAAAAGUUUCUUCAUCAAGAGGUGUUGAUCCCAUUUCAUUUCAUAUCCAGUUAUGGCAGGAGAGUUGAUUGGAGGGGCAUUUCUUGGCGCAGUGGUUCAAGAAGGGAUGCAACCAGUCACAAACCAGAUAUCCAAAGCUUUCAUGUUCAAAACCUCACGCAAAAACCUCGACUCUCUGGUGGAUCGGAUCACGCCAGUAGCUGAAGAAAUGAGACUAUUAAACGAGAAAUUGGAUCAUCCGAUGGAAGAAACAGAGAUGUUAAUAGAAGAACUGAUACAAGGGAAAGAUGCAGUAAACAAACACUCCAAAGUCCCAUGGUGGAAAUGUUGUUGUUUACCUUGUUUCCAAGGAGAGAUUUAUGAUAGAGAAGAGAAAAUUGCUAGAUCCAGCAGUCUUGUUACUCCGAUGAACACGGCAAGGGAUGUUAAAAAGGUAUUGUCUAUAUUGAAAGAUAGGCAGGAGGGGAGGAAAUUCAAGAGGUUAUGUGAUGCUCCUGUAAAACCUGAUCUCACUGUUGGAUUGGAUUUUCCUUUGAUUCAGUUGAAGAGUUGGUUACUCGGCAGUGGUGUGUCUGUACUUGUUUUAACCGGUUUGGCUGGAUCUGGCAAAACUACUUUGGCUACGUUGCUCUGUUGGGAUGACAAAGUUAGAGGUAAAUUUGGGGAAAAUAUAUUGUUCUUCACUGUGUCAAAAAUUCCAAAUUUGAAGAACAUUGUGCAGACAUUAUUUCGACAUUGUGGACAUGACGAGCCUUGCCUCAUAGACGACGAUGAUGCAGUUAAACACUUGAGAAGUUUGCUGACCAAAAUUGGGGAAAGUUGUCCAAUGAUGUUGGUUCUGGAUAAUGUUUGCCCAGGCUCAGAAUCCUUAGUUGAGGACUUUCAGGUUCAAGUUCCAGAUUGUAAAAUUUUGAUAACUUCUAGAGUUGAGUUUCCACGGUUUAGUUCACUAUUCUUAAAGCCGCUCAGAGAUGAUGACGCAGUUACCCUUUUUGGUAGCUUUGCACUACCAAAUGAUGCAACAAGAGCAACUUAUGUACCUGCUGAAAAAUAUGUAAAACAGGUAGCAAAAGGUUGUUGGGGUUCUCCAUUGGCCCUUAAAUUAAUUGGGGGAUCACUCCGUGGACAACCAUUUGCGGUGUGGAAAAAAAUGGUGAACUUGUUGUCUAAAGGUCGUUCUAUUGUUGAUUCUAAUGAUGAGUUGCGUAAAUGCUUGCAAAACGUUUUGGAGGAUGCAUUGGAAGGUAAUUCAAUCAUCAAGGAGUGCUUCAUGGACCUUGGAUUAUUCUUUGAAGACAAAAAAAUACCUGUGGCUGCCCUCAUUGACAUAUGGACAGAACUGAACAGCCUAGACGACGAUAGCGUAGACGGAAUGAACUUGGUUCAUGAGUUAGACAACCUGCAUCUGGUUAAUCUUGUAGUUUCAAGGGAAGUGACAAGUCACGUUGAUAAUUACUACAACCACUAUUUCCUUACUCAACAUGACCUUCUUAAGGAGAUAGCUAUCCAUCAAGCCAGACAGGAGCCAUAUGAACAAAGGACAAGGUUGAUUUUCAACAUGAAGGAAGAUAGUUGGGAUCAACAGAACCAUGGCCAGCAAAAUACGAUUGCAAACACAUUGUCCAUAUCAACUGACAAAAUGGUGACUCCAGAUUGGAGCAAUGUUGUAAAAGUUGAACAAGUUGAGGUGCUGAUCUUGAACCUCCAUACUGAUAAGUUCACCUUACCAGAGUGCAUAAAGAAAAUGACUAAACUAAAGGUUUUGAUAAUUACCAAUUAUAAAGGUUUCCACUGUGCUAAGUUAGACAAUUUUGAGUUUCUUGGUUGUCUACCAAACCUUAGAAAAAUCAGAUUGCACCAGGUUUCAGUUCCUUCCCUUUGCAAAUUGAUUAGUCUUCAAAAAUUGUCCCUUUACUUUUGCGAAACGAGACAAGCUUUUCAAAGUGACACUGUGUCAAUUUCGGAGGUACUCCCAAAUUUAGAAGAAUUAUGCGUUGAUUAUUGCAAAGAUUUAGUAACACUUCCUUACGGGCUCUGUGAUAUUAGUUCCUUGAAAAAGCUUAGUAUCACAAGGUGCAUUGCUUUUCGAAUGCUGCCCCAAGAAAUUGGAAACCUCGAGAAUUUGAAAGUAUUGAGACUUAGUUCCUGUGCCGAGUUGGAGGAGAUACCAGCUUCAAUCGGAAAGCUUAGUGAGCUUCAUUUUCUUGAUAUAUCAGGUUGCGCAAGCCUUCACAAUUUACCAGAAGAAAUUGGAAACUUGCAUAAUCUAAAAGAGCUUCAUAUGACUGGUUUCUCAUCAGACACAUUGCCAGAGUCAGUCACCAAACUCAUGAAUUUAGAGCAUUUAAUAUGUGACCAAGAGACUGCUGAAUGUUGGGAGCAUUUCAAGCCUAGCCUCUCGGAGCUAAAAAUAGAGGUGGCUAAAGUUAACUUAUUCAUUAUUGUAUGAUGUACUAUAUUACUUCAUUUGUUUAUUGUCAUGACAACAUCUGUAAUGAACUCAAUCGUUUUCAAUUUUCAUUUAUACAAUAUAUCCUUAUGCACGAUUGUAAAAUAACGUCUAUGCGUGCUCAUUUAUUUGAAA